AUGGCGACGUUGGCUGAUGACUCAGUGAUUCAUGACUCCACUCCUCGUCUCCUCCACCUGCUGCUAUUGGCUGAGCUGUUUGUCCAUUCAUCACCUCGUCCCGUCCACAUUUCUCCACACUGUGGGAUGUUUAAAUCAAUGAUCCAUCAGGUGGACACCUUGAGCAACAUAUUCAAAACACUCCAUGACUUGCCAGAUGGUGAACGCAUGCACUUUGAGGAUGUGGAAUUUCGGCUGGGCGGUCUUCCUCACAUACAACACACUGCGGCCGAUUUCAACUCAUUGAAGUUGAACGAGUCACUCCCCCAGCUCUUCCUGUACACUCGGUCCUUCGGGCUGCAUGUUGAUUGGUUGAAAACAGCCAAAGAAAACGUCAGUUUGUCCUCCCAGUCAGCUGAGGGCGCCAGCUCUCACCUCCUGCAGCUGUCCAGCCUCUUGAACGCAUCUCUUCACCAGAUCGGUGAAGAGGUUCCUCAGUCUCCGUCUCCCUCCCUCCCUGUCGUCUCCACAGCCUUCGACGUCCUCCAGUUCUCCGUUGAGAUCUCUGAACAGUUACAAGUCUUUUGUAAGUGGUCAAAAAGAGUGUUGGUGCUUCUGAGACCUUCCCGCUGCCCUCGACGUUAA